AUGUCGGCUCUCCUUGGUCUCGUUGAAAGAAUCUCCCCAUACGCCAUUCUAGUGGCCAUAUCUGUAUUAAUAAUACUACGUACCCUUUUGAGAUAUCUUUUUGGCCCCUUGUCCAAAAUCCCCGGUCCCUUUGCGGCGAAGUUUUCUUCAUUAUGGAUCGUAUACCAAUGCCGGCUUGCCAGACGCUCCAUGUCAGUUCUCCGGCAGCAUGAAAAAUACGGACCGUUCGUUCGGAUUGCGCCUAAUCACAUCUCAAUAUCGGAUCGCUCGGCUUUGGAGACAAUAUAUGGCCACCAUUCGGGUUUCUUAAAGGGUCCUUUCUAUGAAGAUAUGUGCCUUGUAGAACCGGUAUUGUUUAAUACUCGAGAUCCACGGGUGCACCAAAGGAAGAGAAAGUAUCUCAGUCCAGCAUUCUCGGCAAAGAAUCUGAAUGACUAUGAGCCCCACAUGUCCGCACAGAUUGGGAAGCUCAUGACUUGCAUACAUCGUCACACUCAAGCUGACGGAGGUGUCCAAAUUGAUUUUAACGAGUACUUCAACUAUCUCGCCUUUGAUGUUAUAGGCGAUUACGCGUUUGGAAAGUCAUUCGGAUUCCUCGAAAAGGAAGAGGACCACCUGAAUCUGAUCAACACUAUUGAUGCUCGUGGAGAAGUGCUCAAUGCACUUGGUCAUCUCCCUGGACGUCCAAGACCACUGAUGAAGUACUUUUAUCUAGAUUCAUUCUGGCCGAAAGGCCUGCAGGCAACUUCCGACUUGGCAUCAAUCGGCAAAGAUGCCUACUACCAACGCAGAGAUCAGCAAGACAGUCGCAAGGAUCUCUUGAGCUUUCUUUUCAACGCCAAGGACCCAGAUACCGGAGCUCCAUUAUCCGAGACAGAGAUAAUCGCCGAGUCAAUCUCGUUUAUUGUCGGUGGAAGUGAUACCACGAGCUCUACUAUGACCAAUGUGGUAGAUAUCGUCUCGCGCUUCCCGGAAAUUCAAAAACAGCUGGAAUUGGAGUUAGACCGUGUGUUUCCCGGACCUAUGCCAAUGGGCUGGGUUGCGGAUUUCCAAACUGUGAAUCAAUUGCCUAUUUUGAAUGCCGUGGUAAGAGAGACGAUGCGGUUCAAGCCGACUAGCUCGACGGGCCUAGAGCGUGUCACACCUGAAGGAGGCAAAAUAAUUGCGGGAAUGUUCAUUCCAGAAGGUACUCUAGUCAGCGUCCCGACCUUGAACAUUCAUCACGACAAGAGUGCCUUCAGAAACCCAGAUCGAUUUGAUAUAUCGCGAUGGAUGAAUGGGGAUUCAUCUAACCGUCUCGAAUCGUUCUAUCCGUUUUCCCUUGGGCCACGAGCGUGCAUCGGGCGAAACUUUGCCUGGAUGGAAAUGUUGAAGACAUUGGGUACGCUUUUCAAGCUGUUUAGCAUUGAAAGAGCUACCACAUUGGAUACGGAAGUGCGCGAGGGAUUCUUCGUGAAGAACAGCGAGUGUAAAGUUAAGAUCACGAGGAGGGUUCUGAGUCGGGGUAGCUGA